CGUGUAUAUGAUCUCAAAAUUCCGUUCACGUAUAAUCACCGUAUCUCUCUCUCCCUCUCCUCUCCUCAAAAUACUCCCAGCCCAAGAAGAUCACACACACGAGGGAAAAAAAAACAGUUCCUGCGGCGGAGCCCCGGAGCCGGAGGCAUAUUCCCGUCCCGGAGAUCCCGUAGUACCUGACCCUCCCCUGAUAAACGCAGCGUGCCCUCCCUCACGGAGCCUAGCGAGGGAGAGAGAUAGGUAGGGAGGAGAGCCGGGGCGAAGAGCCAAAGAUGCGUUCUUGAGGAGCCUGUGCAGGGGAGGUCCAAUCCAGAGGCCGCCAUUCCUUUUCUUCCCCCCAACCUCUGCACGCUCUUCAGAUCCAGCAAUCCGGAUUAUUUCUUUUGCUGGUUGAUGUAUACUCUUUAGUGGUUCUCUAAUUAGCAUCAAGUCUCGGCGUGGCAAUGGCCUUGUAGCUCGCGGCUCUCUAAUAAUAAUAAUUUUACUCAAAAUGAAGAUAUAGCAUCAUGCUAUUUUAGGUUAUGUGGGUAGUUUCUUAGCAUAGGGAAACUAUCUUAGAUAAUGGAGAUGAUGUCCACUUAAGCAUUUCUCCUGGUAGAUAUACAAUUGUAAUUACACCAGAACUGUACUUCUACUAAGAACAACAUCAGCUGUAACAUUAGCAGUAAGAAACAGUCCAGAUAGUGCGAAGAAGUUCAGCAGUUGGCCUGCUCUUUCAGAUACUGUGUGUGUUCCUGAAAUUUCAUGGAGACUUCGAUAUCUCCACCAGGCACAUCAAAGCAAUCAGCUAUCCGCAAACCUUCUCCUGGAAGCUCUCUUAAGGAUCUGUGCCUUGUUUCCAAACAAGGGUCAAUAGCUGAAGUAGAAUCUGCUUUGGCCUUGUUGAAAAGGAGUGGUGGGAAUAUUGAUGGUAGAAAUGCAUUUGGCCUUAGUGCACUCCACCUUGCAACCUGGAGAAAUCAUCUACCCAUCGUGAGGAGACUCCUAGAUGCUGGCGCUGAUCCAGAUGCAAGGGAUGGAGAAUCUGGCUGGAGUAGCCUGCAUAGAGCGCUCCAUUUUGGUCACCUGUGUAUUGCUGGUGUUCUUUUACAGUUUGGUGCUUCCCUCACUUUGGAGGACACUAAGGGUCGUACACCUGUUGACCUUCUCUCCUGUCCAGUAUCACAGGCCAAUGGAGAUUUUCCGGAUGCAGUUGCAACGGAAGUCUUCAGUUGGGGAAGUGGGACAAAUUAUCAGCUGGGAACUGGCAAUGCCCACAUACAAAAACUACCAUGCAAAGUAGAUACCUUGCAUGGAUCAUAUAUCAAAACAGUUGCUGCAUCGAAGUUCCAUAGUGUAGCAGUUAGUUAUGAUGGUGAACUAUACACAUGGGGAUUUGGUCGAGGUGGUCGUCUUGGUCAUCCAGAUAUUCAAAGUGGCCAGACAACUGCUGUGAUUACCCCUCGCCAAGUGACAGUAGGAUUAGGCCGCAAGCGAGUUAAUGUUGUCGCUGCAGCCAAACAUCAUACUGUGAUUGCUACAGAGACGGGGGAAUUGUUUACCUGGGGAUCAAAUAGAGAGGGUCAGCUUGGUUACCCUUCUGUUGAUACCCAACCAACACCAAGGCGUGUUAGUUCGCUUAAGCAAAGGAUAAUUUCUGUAGCUGCUGCAAACAAGCACUCUGCUGCAGUUGCUGAUACUGGCGAAGUAUUCACCUGGGGUUGCAAUAAGGAGGGCCAACUAGGAUAUGGCACUUCAAACUCAGCAUCAAAUUGUAUGCCAAGAAUGGUGGAGUACUUGAAAGGAAAAGUAUUUAGAGGUGUAUCUGCAGCAAAGUAUCAUACAAUAGUGUUGGGAGUUGAUGGAGAGGUGUUCUCUUGGGGACAUCGCCUUGUCACCCCACGGCGUGUUGUAGUAGCUCGAUGCCUUAAGAAGGGUGGGAAUACAAAUCUGAAGUUUCAUCGUAUGGAACGGCUUCAAGUGAUUUCAGUGGCUGCUGGAACCACACACAGUACUGCUUUAACAGCUGAUGGUGCUCUUUUCUACUGGGUUUCAUCAGAUCCUGAUCUAAAAUGCCAGCAGAUCUUUUCAAUGUGUGGAAGGGAUAUUGUGAACAUCUCGGCUGGAAAGUACUGGACUGCUGUGGCUACAUCAACAGGUGAUGUUUUCAUGUGGGAUGCAAAGAAACGUAAGGACGAAAUGCCAAUUUUCACUCGGGUGCAUGGUGUUAAGCGAGCAACAUCUGUUUGUGUUGGUGAAACACAUAUGCUUGUGCUCUCAAGUAUAUACCAUCCUGAGUAUCCGCCCAAACCUAAAAGCCAAGGCAGAAAAUCCAUGUUAGAAUGGAACAGUGGAACAGAAGAGUUGGAUGAAGAUAUCCUGUUUAAUGAUGUUCAGCCCAACAGUGGUUUAUCAGGAAGCAGUGGUGAAAUGAGCAAAGGUGUGCCUAGCUUGAAAAGCCUCUGUGAGAAGGUUGCAGUUGAGUAUUUGUUAGAGCCAAAAAACGCAAUACAACUUCUUGAAGUUGCUGAUUCCUUGGAAGCCAAGGAGCUAAAGAAGCAUUGUGAGGAUUUAGCUAUUCGCAAUCUCGAUUAUAUUUUCACAGUGGGAGCUCCUUCAAUUAUGAAUGCUUCUCCUGAAAUUCUUGUGAACUUAGAGAAAUUACUAGAUGAGAAAUCCUCGGAGCCUUGGAGUCAGCGCCGUCUUCCCACAAUGACAGCUACCUAUCCCGCUGUCAUUGACAGUGAUGUAGAGGAAGAUGAAAGAGAAUUCCCUAAGCCCCGUAAAUGUGGGAAAUCUGCAUCAAGGCCAUCUGCAAUGUCCAGUCAUGACAACUUCCUUCAGAAAGACUGCACUGCUGAACAAGCUGUUACUAAGCAGAUCAGAGCACUUCGCAAGAAGCUGCAACAAAUUGAGAUUCUUGAGGCUAAACAACUUGCAGGUCAUCAGCUUGACAAUCAGCAGCUAGCGAAGCUUGAGUCUAGGGCUGCCCUUGAAGGUGAACUUUCUGAACUUGGCGUUCCCUCAGAGGCAUACUCAACUUCCUCUGCUUGUCCAGCAGAAGGUAGGGCAAACAGAAAACCUGAGGUUUCUAAGAAACAGAAGAGAAAGAACAAGCAGGCAACACAGACUCUGUCUGUGAAAAGUGAGCCUGGGCAACAAAUCCCCAUUAAGGAUCUUCAAGAAGUUCUAUCAGUCAAUGUCUCUGCUGAAAAGGAGGCGUAUGCUGCUGAUCCAAUCAAACAUAUAGAGGCUGCCGCUUUCAGCAACACAAAAGACAUUGCUUCUCCAUUGGAGAAGAAAGCUUCGCAACCAACUUCAUCAAAAAAGAAGAAUAGGAAAGGUGGCUUAUCGUUGUUUCUGAGUGGUGCUCUCGACGACACCCCAAAACCAAGCCUCCCUGCCCCUGUUGUACCUGUCACGCCAAAGCCUGAAGGACCUGCCUGGGGUGGUGCAAAGAUAACCAAGGGACCUGCUUCCCUUCGAGAUAUCCAGAGUGAGCAGAGUAAAACAAAUGAGCCCACAUCGGCCAAGGCAAAAGACCGCUAUGAGAACUCACCUGAUAGUGCUGGGCGUGUGCGACUUUCUUCAUUCAUUCCAGAUUCACACUCAAGCCCAAUAGCUGUCACACCUGCUCGUGCAGUGCCUUCUUCUGAAGGUGACAAGAGCACGCCACCAUGGUCAUCUUCUGCUACCUCACCCAAUGUAUCACGGCCUUCGCUCAGGGACAUACAAAUGCAGCAGGAGAAGCGGCACCAUGGCAUCUCCCACAGCCCGAAAACCCACACAUCAGGCUUCGCUUUACCACACCAUGGCGGAUCACCAGAGGUUGGUGGUGUGAAAGACAACAUACCCAACCGCUGGUUCAGGCCAGAGACUGAUGCUCCGUCGUCCAUCCGCUCUAUCCAGAUCGAGGAACAGGCUAUUAAAGACUUCAAGCGCUUCUACAGCAGCGUGAGGAUCGUCAAGCCGCAGGUCUAGUGCUGGCUGAGGCGGCCUCUUGGAAGAGUUACUGAUCCCCUUUAGGCUCACCUCCCAUUUCACUGGUUCAUUGUACAUUCAAGUGUACAGUUGGUUUCGUUCACCAUAGAUUCCUUUGUUAGCUGAAAUAAACUUGAAAGCACCCUUGUUUCCGCAGUGGUGAUCUCAUCUAGUUAUAACAGAAGGAUGUAUAGGUCAUGUGAGAUCACCCGGCUUGGCUUAACACUUUUACUUGAGCCAAUGUUUUUUUUUCCACCAAAUCUCUUUGGUUGUUGCAAAGCAGGUCAUAAACUGUGGUGCGUCUGCUGCAGUCUGCACCAAGAUACCCACCAUUUUAAUUUCAGAAUCUCACCUUGGGGCUAGCAA